AUGAGCUCUAUUCAGCGGCACCUAGAAGGUCUCCUUGGAGGCAUGCUGCUGGAGUAUGGCAGUCGAACGCUCCUGCAAAAGGCCAAAAUGAUCAAGCGUCAAGUCACGGUCCGCUCCGGUUUGAUCAUGCACUACUACGAGCGACUACCGGAUGUCACUUUAGCCAGCGACGACGAUGACCCUCCUAUCUUGCUGCUCUGUCAUGGUUUGACCAGCAACGCCAAGAACUGGUCCAAGACAGUCUCCCAGUUGAGUCCAGAGGUUGGGAACAACUAUCGAAUGAUCAUUCCCGACAUGUUGGGACAUGGACAUGAUUUGGAGCGCGCUCGAACGUCGACGUUUUCCUAUCCCAGUCCGGCAAAGCUGGUAGACUCUCUGGAGCAAUUAUUGGAAGCGCUCCACGUGACACACUGCGUUGGAUACGGCAUUUCGCAGGGAGGAGCCAUGGUGUAUUUUUUGCAGCAAAAGCGACCCGAUUUGGUGGAACGAUCCAUUUUGAUUUCGCCGGCCGUCGAAGCCGUGGUGGAUCCGCAAUUUGCCGAGGAGUUUGUGCUCCGAAAGAAAAACCACGUUUGUGUCGAGAGUCGAGAGGAUGUGCGAGAAUUGUUUCAAAAUCUAUCCUGUCCACAGCGAAAAGUGCAUGACCCCAUCCCACUUUUUCUAUUGGAGGCCAUUUGGCGAGACCGUCAAGCCGAAGAACCACCGGGCCACUUUCGCACAUUUCUGCAUACAUUGAUUGAUCAUGCCGGCAAGGAUCCAGAAUGGUUGGGAUGCAAAUCGGAUAUUGAUCCGGAAGCAAAGAGAUUGGUGGUUUGGCCACAAGAUGAUUUCAUUUGUAACCAUGACAAGGGCAAACAAUUCUUUGCCAAAUCCUCUGCCAACACUACCUUUCACAGUGUUCCAGACUGUGGACACUUGUUUCAUUCCAAUGGGAAACGUAUCAUGGAAGUUAUUCUACCCAUGGUGAUAGCCUAUCUCAAGUCUGGGGAAGACGCAGAAUCAGUUGCAUUAGAACAGUAA